AUGAACAUGUUUGAAGCCAUGAAGGUCGUCACCCCACCUCCUGUUUUUUCUCUUCUUUCUUUCAUCAGCAUGAUAGUUUUCGUAUAUGUCUGCAUCAUAGCAUUCUCCAUCAUGCUUUUGUUGAUCGUCAUUGCCCUCCUUUACGUCAUCUGUGAGUUUGUUUGGACGCCCUUUUACGAGAGGAGAAGUAAUCCUGAUCCCGAAGCCGAGGAUCAACAACAAUUAUCUCGUCCAAACAACGGUGCAGCAUGGAAUGACCAAGCUACAUUUUAUCAAGCAGCCGUCCUUCAUAAUUUAAGGGUUUUGGAAAUUUUGGACUCGAUUGUUGAGGUUUUGGAGGAAAGAAGAGACGAAAGGCAGCAGCGAGUAAGGGAACAAGUUUUGGAGAGCAAAAUGCCACCACCUAUAGCUUAUGGAAGCCAAGAAACUGAAAUUAAUUGCAAGGAUUGUGUUAUUUGCAUGGAGGAUUUUGAGAACGACCAAUUGUGUCAAGUUUUUCCCUCAUGCAAUCAUACGUUCCAUGCCAAUUGUAUGAACACUUGGUUGAAGAAGAGCCUAACUUGCCCGAUUUGUCGUAAUUCUGUAUUGGAUUUAUGA